AAUGUUUUUACAUUUGACAUAAUAACCGGAAUUUAGCAUUAUUUUUCGCACUUUCUCGUGGUUUAUAAUCGAACUAUUGUACGAGACCAACUACUAGGAAUACAGAGUUACAUCCCUUGGUGGAUUUGUAUAUUUUGUCAUGACUACUGCUGCAAAAUGGCGACCAAUGUGAGGAAAUCUGCCAGUCGUGUGGUGUGGCGGUGAAAGAAGACUAAUGGAAACAUCACAGACAACAAACGGACGACUCUGGGUGGUUUCAUAGCCAGAUCCAUCACGAUGGCGUACACGUUUGUGUCUGGGAAGCACUUGAAGGGCCUGCUCAACGAUGUGGAGACGGUUCACAAGCGGGACGUGCAUACGUACACCGCAGGCCACCUCAACGACAUGCACCUGCACCAGGCAGCGUCCUCGCUAAACCGCAAAUCGUGGUCCAGCGCUCAGACUGGCCAGCGGUCAGCCGUACAACCGGUGCGACCCAUAGAGAAGACUCGUGUGAGAAGAAAGCCAGACAGCCCGAUGAAAGAGGCUCUGUAUGAGUUCAGUAUGGGGACGACGGGCAGCGUGCAGUAUCCGUCACCUCAAGGCAAGUCGUGUCGCUCUCCUACCAAGAGGUGGGCCAAGUCGACCGAUGCAUCGUACGGCAAGUACCGGUCAAGUGGGGACGACCGUUCGGUCUACUCGGAGCUGGACGAUGGGAUCCUGGUGGAGGAGCUGCACACGCAGGAUCUGAUGAUGCCCGCGGUCGACGGCAGUCCACGCACGUUCCUCAAACUCCCCCUCACCGGGCGCGUCAAGCUGAAACACAUGUUUGUGCCGCUCCAGUCUCGCGGCAUCACCAAGGAAGACCAGUACAACAGUAUGCAGGAUUUUGAGGCCAACGUGCUGAGGAAGAAUGACGCCAUGGGGAAAGACAUCUUGUUAGGAACCCAAGCUGUGGAACACCAUGAGAAAAAACUCAAACGGGAACUGGCAGCCUACCAUCUGAGUGGGAUUGGCCCGAACUUCCACAAACUGCAGGUCUACAGUGACAUCUUUGAAGAUCUUAUUCAGGACUCCCCGACUUUCUCCUACAUCCUCGGAUGUAUCAAGGUGGCCUAUGACAACUACAUCACUAAACUGCUGGACAGCCAAACGGCACAACACCAUCUGCUACAGGAGCAGGUGGACCAGAUGGCGUUGCGUGGGACAUCACGUCCCAAAGACUUGCAGUUUAUUGUCGACAAACUAGACAGUCUGGAGGAACUGGCCAAGGAAGAACUCAACACAAACAACAGGUUACGGGAUGAGGUGCGAGAAGAGACAGAAUGGUUGGCAAACUGUCCAGAACAGGAACCAGUGCAGUCAACGGUGGUGAGGAUGGUGGAGGAAGCAGAGCCAGACCUGGCCGAUGAGAUUGAGCACAUCAAGGCUCUCAUACUGGAGAAGCUGGAUGUGUUGAAUGCUCUGAGGACAGAACUCAAAGACAACUGUGUCCCGCUCACUGUGUGCACCCAUCUGGAACAGUGCAUCAAGGAAACCGAGAUUGAAGUUCAGAAAUUAUUGAAGCAGAAUGAGUACUAUGAGCGAAGUAUUGCCGAGAUGGACCACGAUCUGAAGGCUGCCAUUGUGGACGCUGACACCAGUGAGAAGGAUGCCAAGCGAAUCUGGCGCAAAGUGAAUUCCACACGUGGUCUGCCAGGUGUAAACGCGAAAUCGGCCCAGGCGGAAAGUGAUGAUGACGAGGAAGAAAGCAAGUGGAACUGGUACAUUUCCUAGACUGGUGCCACGUGGUAGUGUUCUCAAGAAAGACAGUCGUGAACGAAUCAACAAAACAGCUUCAUGUUUAGUUAUAGACUGGUGCUCAGCACAAUGUGAACUCUUUGAUGGAGAAAUAAACACUGUAUGAUAAUACAAUGUGAACUCUUCAAUGGAGAAAUAAACACUGUAUGAUAAUACAAUGUGAACUCUGAUGGAGAAAUAAACACUGUAUGAUAAUACAAUGUGAACUCUUCAAUGGAGAAAUAAACACUGUAUGAUAAUACAAUGUGAACUCUCUGAUGGAGAAAUAAACACUGUAUGAUAAUACAAUGUGAACUCUUCGAUGGAGAAAGAAACACUGUAUGAUAAUACAAUGUGAACUCUUCGAUGGUGAAAUAAACACUGUAUGAUAAUACAAUAUGAACUCUGAUGGAGAAAUAAACACUGUAUGAUAAUACAAUGUGAACUCUUCAAUGAAGAAAUAAACACUGUAUGAUAAUACAAUGUGAACUCUAAUGGAGAAAUAAACACUGUAUGAUAAUACAAUGUGAACUCUCUGAUGAAGAAAUUAACACUGUAUGAUAAUACAAUGUGAACUCUUCAAUGGAGAAAUAAACACUGUAUGAUAAUACAAUGUGAACUCUGAUGGAGGAAUAAACACUGUAUGAUAAUACAAUGUGAACUCUUCAAUGGAGAAAUAAACACUGUAUGAUAAUACAGUGUGAACUUUUUGAUGGAGAAAUAAACACUAUGAUAAUACAAUGUGAACUCUUCGAUGGAGAAAUAAACACUGUAUGAUAAUACAAUGUGAACUCUAAUGGAGAAAUAAACACUGUAUGACAAUACAAUGUGAACUCUCUAAUGGAGAAAUAAACACUGUAUGAUAAUACAGUGUGAACUUUUUGAUGGAGAAAUAAACACUAUGAUAAUACAAUGUGAACUCUUCGAUGGAGAAAUAAACACUGUAUGAUAAUACAAUGUGAACUCUAAUGGAGAAAUAAACACUGUAUGACAAUACAAUGUGAACUCUCUAAUGGAGAAAUAAACACUGUAUGAUAAUACAGUGUGAACUCUUCGAUGGUGAAAUAAACACUGUAUGAUAAUACAAUGUGAACUCUGAUGGAGAAAUAAACACUGUAUGAAAAUACAAUGUGAACUCUUCGAUGGAGAAAUAAACACUGUAUGAUAAUACAAUGUGAACUCUGAUGGAGAAAUAAACACUGUAUGAUAAUACAAUGUGAACUCUUUGUUGGAGAAGUUGGGGAACUGCAUCAAGGCACAAUGUGAAUUGUUAAUACAUAGACUGGUGGCAAAGUGAGCUAUGUUUUUUGGUGGAAGGAAAUCCUGUUGGUGUACAUGCUGCUGGCAAAUGUAUUAUUAUUAUUAAAUGAUACAGAUAAUAUGUUGCACUGCUUCACCUAACAAGUUUACAGCAUGGCAUAGUUCAGAGAUACUCAUUUAUAUCAGAUAGAAUUUAAUGGUGAAAAUGUCCCAUUGAAAACAACUCUUGGAUCUAUUUGCUUAAACUUUGAUGUAUGUUUUUUAUAAAUGUGUUAAAAAAACACCUCAUUAAUUAUUCAUUCUUUUAAUGAAAAUAUUAAUAAACUAUCAUAAUUUUUUUGUCCUAUUACUUCACACCUGAAAGUUGUCCAGUAUUCUGAAAACUAGUUUAUUUUUAUGUAAAGAUCCAAAACAACGGCAUUCAUAUUUGACAUCACUCUCACUGAGAAAGACACCAUGUGACAUGCAUACAUCAUUUUAAUAUUGAGUACUGACUCCUAUAUAAUGUUAUGAUUUGCAGCUGGCGAGAAUUGGGCGUGACUUGCAUUAUACAGUGGAUCAUUUAUCAUAAAUAUUUACAACCCUGUACUGAACACGGUAUCAGCUGGUUCACUAACUGCAGCCAUAUUCAUAACAAAAAGGGCGUAUCUGUAUUACAUGCGACAUGUAAUCAGGAAUUGAAAAUGUCACAUAACACUAAAACAGCAUUUCUGAGAUACCAAAGAAAUGUAUUAAACAUUUCAAAUAACAUAAAAAUAAUAUUUCUCAUAUUCUGAAGCAACGUUUCUCAGAUUUGUUUUUACAUAUUUCUCAUCAAUAAUGUAGAGUUAUCACCAGUUAAAGUCAUAAAUAAAAUAAAAUGUUUACACUGAAGACGGGACGAUUUUGACAUACUUAGAGAAAACAUGUCUGACAGUGUUCAUGUAAAAACAACCAAAUCAGAGAAAAUAAAAAAGUCUAGUGACUGUCA